CUGCAGUGCGCGGACAACAGCAAUGUUAUGAGGAGCUACGAGCCCAGUUAAUACGCGUGUUAAAAAUAUAAAAAAAGAAAACGAAACGAAGAAACAAGAGAGUUACUUAGUUACUUAAAAUUUAAACGAAUAGGAUUACGAUUACGAAAUAAAAAUGCUGAAUACAUUCAGUUCGGUGAGGCAAUACCUCAAAUUUGAUAUAACCCGGGUGAUCAUUGAUAAUAUUGUAUUUAAAUUGCAUUAUCGCUGGACCUUUGUCAUAUUGUUGGUGGCCACAUUAUUGAUAACAUCGCGUCAAUAUAUCGGUGAGCAUAUACAAUGCAUAUCGGACGGUGUUGUGGCUCCGGUGAUCAAUACAUUUUGCUUUUUCACCCCCACAUUUACGGUGGUACGUCAUCUGAAUAAUACGGCUCUGGAAUCGGGAUCGAUCUUUCAACCGGGCAUUGGUCCAUAUAAUCCACGAGAGGAUACGGUUAAACGUCAUGCAUAUUAUCAAUGGGUACCAUUUGUAUUAUUCGCUCAGGCUCUUUGCUUCUAUAUACCCCAUUUCCUAUGGAAGAAAUGGGAGGGUGGACGGAUCAAAGCUUUGGUCUUUGGUCUGCGUAUGGUCGGUCUGACGAAAUAUCUGAAACAUGAUAGCCUGAGAAUUGGCAAAUUGAAUAUACCCUCAAUGGCCGAGGCCGAGGAACGAGUUGGUGUCAUUAGGCGAACAAUGAUCGAUCGCAUGCGUUUGAAUCAAUCGUGGGGUGCGCAUUUGGUAUUUGCCGAAUUGCUGAAUUUGGUCAAUUUAUGUUUACAAAUAAUGUGGACUCAACGGUUUUUGGGUGGUGAAUUCUUAACGCUGGGUAUUAAGGUUCUACGCGAACGUUGGGUCGAUAAAAUGGAUGCCCUCGAUAUUGUUUUCCCGAAAGUGACAAAAUGUACAUUCUAUAAAUAUGGUGCGGCUGGCUCGUUGCAAGAGCACGACACUUUGUGUGUGAUGGCAUUGAAUAUCAUGAAUGAGAAGAUCUAUACAAUCUUAUGGUUUUGGUAUGCCUUCCUAUUGACCAUCACAGUUCUGGGCCUACUUUGGCGCCUGCUGACGCUCUUCUGUUACAAAAAUUUAACGUUCACAAAAUGGUCUUUGUAUUGGGCUAAACCUGGCAAAUUGGAUGAAAGCGAUUUGGGUUCCGUCAUUGAUAAAUGCAAUUUCUCGAAUUGGAUGUUCCUAUUCUUUUUGCGUACCAAUCUAUCGGAGUUUCUAUUUCUGAAGGUCAUCUAUCACUUGGCUAGUGAAUUUCCCGAUCCCAUGAAUGAUAACGACAUCAAUGCCUAUCGCGAUCGUAGCCAUGAAGGUGCCGCCGGACCAAGUGAUCCCACAUCAGUCAAAUAUCCUGAUAUCAGUAAACUGGAUACAGUCGAUGCUCCACUUCUGCAUCAUCGGGCAGGAGCAACGUCAGCGCCGCCUCCAGAAGCAGGCAGAUUGCCGGUUUGACAACUUCUAAACGCAAACCAUCAAAAAAACCAAAAAAAAAACCAAAAACAUUUUGUAAUUUAUGUAUUUUAAUUAACUUUAGCUAAUUAAUAUUGUUUGUAUGUUUAUUGCUUUUUUUUUUUGAAUUUUGAUAUUUCUGCUGUGUGUGUGUGUAUGUGCGUUUUUACUUUAAAAAAAUAUAUUUAAGUUGACUUUUUUCAAG